CGGGUCAGACGUAAAUAUUUUGGUUUGGGCAGCUCAUAUUUUGCCUGCAGCGUGCCGUAACCGGCUCAUCGAUGGUAUUUUACUUGGCAUAAAAAUCAGUCCUAGAAAUGGCCAGAAUUAGUUUUAUCAAUCGGAACAAUCCGUUAAUUUUCUACAUAAAGCGAUCACUUUGUACCCAAGCGAUUAAACCGAAACUCCAAGUUACUCUGGAGCAAUCGAUUGACCAGGCUCUGGAGACUGGCCAAUACAAACCGCGACGCCACGAGGGUCGACUGGUGACAGGAUGUGUGACUGUUCCGACCAAUAUUUGCAACGCCAUUGUACGAAGUUGCAAGGAUCAUCCCCUGAAGGCAUUGGUUAGCGAAGGUGCCAAAUUGGACAAUGUUAUACGAUCUCGAAAGAUUCCUCUGGAGCCUGACGAGCUGCGCAAAAAGAUUAACGACGUCAGGCAUCAAAUUGGGAGGGAGUUUCAGGAAAAGCUGAACGUCGAAGCGAUGAGCGAGGAACAGAUAACAUACAUGAACAGCCUGGUUGAGUCGCAGUCCAAAAAGAAAGCCAAGCAACAAAUUUACGCUUGGAAACCGAUGGUUUACGAUGAGUUCAAAAGCCUUCAGUAUUUGCUAGGGAGAUCGGCACAAGAAUUCGCCGCCCUAGUAAGAAUCUUAGAAGAGAUUAAACAAAGGGAUCAACACUUUAAACCGCGCAGUUUCAUUGACUUUGGCUCCGGAGUUGGUACCGGAACAUGGGCGGCUUCCAAUCUUUGGAAGGAACACAUCUUCGAGUACGUUUCGAUAGAUGCCUCAGCCGAUAUGAACGAACUGGCAGAAUUAAUUCUGCGAGGCGGCGAAAUGAACAAAGAAAUCAGCCUGCGGAAUGUUUUCUAUCGGCAGUUUCUUCCCGCUACUGCCACCAAAUAUGAUUUAGUGCUGAGUGCUUUUACCCUCUUUGAGCUCCCUUCUCGACGGAAUCGAUUAGAAGUACUAGAAAAUCUUUGGAACAAAUGUGAUAAGUAUCUGGUAAUUGUGGAACAGGGAACUUACGCAGGGUUUUCUUUGAUAAACGAAGCGAGAGACUUUCUACUGAAGCAGUCCAAAAAAACAGACGAAUCAUGUCACAUUUUCUCACCAUGUCCCCACAGCGAGCAUUGUCCGCGUUUUACUCUGGACGAUGGAACGCCGUGCAAUUUUGAAGUUACCUACAAUUCCCUGUCGACCGGUGCCAAGGGAGUUAGCAAAGCGAACAAGUUUCUCUACUCCUAUGUUGUGUUCAGAAAAGGAACUCCCACUGGUGACCAGAUCAGCUAUCCUCGAUUGGUUCGACCUACCUUGGUACGAUCGAGGCAUGCCGUCUGUCGGAUGUGUUCCGAGGCGGGUUCCCUGCAGGAGAUCAUCUUUACCUCGUCCAAGCAUGGAAAGAAUCUAUAUCGUUGUGCAAAGGCAAGCAAAUGGGGUGACCUGUUACCAAUUAAGAUUGGUGAUGAAAGUUAAAAUGGUGUUCUUGUUAAAGGCGAAUAGACUAUGCUAAGCAAGUUAAAAGAAAAUUUAAUUUAUAUCACAACCAUUUAAAUUCUUCGGGUAUCUAAAACUAUUUUCAUGUAAACUGUAAAAAAAUCGUCAUUUCAGCUUUACACGAUUUCUCAAACAAUCAUAUUAGUUGAAAUAGAAGACCAACUCGGAUGGCUAGUGUUCUACUGCCUGAGUCCAACGUAGCAUUCGAUUAAGCAACAAAUUUAGUUUUGAG